UGGAUCUAGGGUUUCGGUUUCUCCUCUGACGACUUGAUCUUUAAAUUUCAUCAUCUUCAAACCCAUCAUCAAACCCUAGCUAGCUACCAGCGCCACCAAAACCACUGUAAUUUCCGGCAACGGAAUCUGAGAUUCACGAUCAAACGCAUCGAGAAAGUGUUAGGGUUCUUGGAAUAUACAUAGUACUGUUUUUUUUUUCCCAAUCGCCGUCGCCAUCAUCACCUUCAAUCACUGAUCUAAAACUUCCCCUUGAAACAAAAGUGCCUAAUAUUUUUUAUUUUAUUUUAUAUACAUAUAUUUCGUUGCUGGUAAUGCAAAAAUCAGAUGAAUCUUAAAGCAUUCUUGACGGCGGUGAUGAAUACUACUACUUUUUCCCUUACUUAUAAGGAAUCUUGAUGAAAUUGCAAAGACUUUUGUGUUUGUGAUUUGAUUUGAAGGGAACAAAAAAAAUGUAUAAAUCGGUGGUGUAUCAAGGGGAUGUGGUGUUGGGGGAGGUAGAGAUAUACCCAGAAGAGAACAACAACAAGAACAUCGAUGUGAAGGAAAUCAGAAUAAGCCACUUCUCUCAACCGAGUGAGAGGUGUCCUCCACUUGCUGUGCUUCACACCGUUACUUCAUGUGGUGUUUGCUUCAAAAUGGAGUCAAAGACACAACAGCAGGACGCGCUCUUUCACUUGCACUCCUUGUGUAUCAGAGAGAACAAGACUGCUGUAAUGCCACUAACUGGGGAAGAAAUACAUUUGGUUGCAAUGCAUUCGCGGAAUAAUGAUAGACCAUGUUUCUGGGGAUUUAUUGUUGCCUUGGGACUUUACAAUUCAUGCCUUGUGAUGUUAAAUCUUAGAUGUUUGGGUAUAGUUUUUGAUCUGGAUGAAACACUUAUAGUAGCAAACACAAUGCGCUCGUUUGAGGAUAGAAUUGAUGCACUCCAGAGAAAAAUAAACUCUGAGAUAGAUCCUCAACGAAUUUCUGGUAUGCAGGCAGAGAUCAAGCGCUACCUAGAUGACAAGAGUAUAUUGAAGCAAUAUGCUGAAAAUGAUCAGGUUGUUGAUAAUGGGAAAGUGAUAAAAGUUCAAUCUGAGAUUGUUCCAGCAUUAUCUGACAGUCAUCAGCCUAUACUUCGACCACUGAUACGGUUACAAGAAAAGAACAUUAUUCUGACACGCAUCAAUCCACAGAUUCGUGAUACAAGUGUACUUGUGAGGUUGAGACCUGCAUGGGAAGAUCUUCGGAGCUACCUGACUGCAAGAGGGCGCAAGCGUUUUGAGGUUUAUGUUUGCACAAUGGCUGAAAGGGACUAUGCACUAGAAAUGUGGAGACUUCUUGAUCCAGAUUCAAAUCUGAUAAAUUCUAAAGAACUUCUAGGUCGCAUUGUAUGUGUUAAGUCUGGUUUGAAGAAGUCACUGUUCAAUGUCUUCCAAGAUGGUUUAUGCCAUCCAAAGAUGGCGUUGGUAAUUGAUGAUCGCUUGAAAGUGUGGGAUGAGAAAGAUCAACCUCGAGUACAUGUUGUCCCUGCAUUCGCUCCAUACUAUGCUCCUCAAGCUGAAGCAAGCAAUUCUGUCCCUGUCUUGUGUGUUGCAAGAAAUGUUGCUUGCAAUGUUAGGGGUGGUUUCUUUAAAGAAUUUGAUGAUGGUCUUCUUCAAAAGAUUCCUGAAGUUGCCUAUGAAGAUGAUAUCAGAGAUAUACCUUCUCCUCCUGAUGUGAGCAAUUAUUUAGUUUCAGAGGAUGAUGGAUCUUCUUGCAAUGGAAACAGAGAUCCUUUUUUAUCUGAUGGCAUGGCAGAUGCUGAAGUAGAAAGAAGAUUAAAGGAUGCAAUAUCAGCAGCUUUAACUAUUCCUGCCACAACUGUUAAUCUAGAUCCCAGGCUCACUUCUUCUCUUCAAUACACAAUGGUGUCUUCUGGUUCAGUUCUGCCUUCAACGGCACAAGCAUCUAUGAUGCAAUUUCCUCAUGUACAGUUCCCUCAAACUACUACUCUAGUUAAGCCAAUGGGUCAAGUUGCCUCUUCAGAAUCAAGCUUGCAUAGUUCUCCUGCUAGAGAAGAAGGUGAAGUACCUGAAUCAGAAUUAGACCCAGAUACAAGGCGCAGGCUUCUCAUAUUGCAACAUGGACAAGAUACUAGGGAUCAUGCAUCUAGUGAACCUCCAAUUCCCAUUAGACCUCCCAUUCAAGUUUCUGCUCCUCGUGUGCCAUCACGUGGGGGAUGGUUUCCUGUAGAAGAGGAGAUUGAUUCACAGCCACUAAAUCGGGUAGUACCUAAAGAAUUUCCUGUAGAUUCUGAUCCGAUGCGUAUUGAGAAGCAGCGGCCUCAUCAUUUGUCAUUUUUCUCUAAGGUUGACAGUUCUAUUUCAUCCGAUAGAAUACCCCACGAGGGCUUCCAAAGAUUGCCAAAGGAGAUGUAUCGUAGAGAUGAUCGCCCAAGAUUAAGUCAUACGCUUUCUAAUUAUCAUUCUUUAUCUGGUGAUGACAUCCCCUUCAGUAGGUCAUCUUCUGGCCACAAGGAUCUUGACACUGAAUCUGGUCAUUCGGUAUUUCAUGAUGAUACUCCGGCUGCAGUAUUACAGGAAAUUGCAAUGAAGUGUGGAACUAAGGUGGAAUUUAUGUCAUCUUUGGUCACUAGCACAGAACUGCAAUUCUCCAUCGAGGCAUGGUUUUCUGGAAAAAAAGUUGGUCAAGGAUUUGGCAGAACUAGAAAGGAAGCUCAACACAAGGCUGCUGAGGAUUCUAUCAAACAUUUGGCUGAUAUAUAUUUAUGUCGUGCUAAGGAUGAGUCUGGUUCCACAUAUGGCGAUGUGAGUGGUUUUCCUAAUGCAAAUGACAAUGGUUAUGUGGGUAAUGUUAAUUCUCUUGGUAAUCAGCCAUUUCCUAAAGAAGAGUCAGUCUCAUUUUCAACUGCAUCAGAUCCAUCAAGGGUUUUAGAUCCUAGAUUGGAAGUCUCUAAGAGGUCAAUGGGUUCAGUCUCUGCCCUCAAAGAAUUGUGUAUGAUGGAGGGUCUUGGUGUCAGUUUUCUAUCUCCGCCUGCUCCAGUGUCAACAAAUUCAGUUCAGAAAGAUGAAGUACAUGCUCAGGUUGAAAUAGAUGGCCAGGUAUUUGGUAAAGGGAUCGGAUUAACUUGGGAUGAGGCUAAAAUGCAGGCUGCUGAGAAGGCACUUGGAAGUCUAAGAACAAUGCUUGGUCAAAGCAUUCAGAAACGGCAGAGUUCUCCCAGGUCAUUUCAGGGAUUGUCGAACAAACGUUUGAAGCAAGAAUAUCCGCGAACUCUGCAGCGGAUUCCCUCUUCGGCUAGAUAUCCCAGGAAUGCUCCACCAAUUCCUUGAAAAGUGUAAAUGGGCUUUUGAAUCUCACUUACUGGUAUGACUCUUGAUGGUGCAUGUAUAUGUUACUGAUUCAUCAAUAUGGUGAGUGGUUGUUGGGUUGUGGACCAUUUCCACUUAAGUGGGUAGGUACUUGGCCUCAGUCUUUUUGUUACUGAGCCAAAGCCAAAUAGAGCACCCACUUGUGCCAAUGUAAGAUCCUCACCGAACUGGGGUCAUAUACUGGUCAAAGAGUGUGUUGAACAAUAUUCACAUCUUGGUCCUCCCAGGCAAUGCAGUAUUGGUUGUGUAUCCUGGAAAUGCUAUGCUUUUAGGCCGGUUCACAAGACAAGAUGAUGAUUGAUGAGGCAAGUCCCAUGAUUACUUGCAUUUCUGUGGUUUGUAUACUUGGUGCAGCAUUCACAGAGGAACCAAUUGGAAUUGAGAAUUGAUUCAACGUUUUUCUAACUGAAGUAAUGGUACAACCAUUCAGUACAGGUCUUUUUGAUGCAUGGAAGUCGGUUUUCAUUUAACCUAAUCGGCUAAUAGUUUUUCAUUCCACUAAUUCUAUCACCACACACUCCUCUGAAGAUUAUUGACGGAGUCUUUGAGGUUGGUGAAUUUGCAUAGUGUUGUAACUCACACUGAUGAUGUAUAAUACAGUUUCUCAAUUGUGAUGAU